AUGAACAAAGUUACAGCUCUGCAGAAAAAGAAGAGAAAAGAUUUUAUUCCUUACUUCCUGGGAUUUGUACUAUUUUUGUAUUGCACGCUCCAUCUUGUGUCAUUCACAGCAAAAACAGCUCAGGAAACCCACUCUACCAGGGUGCGUCGGGCUCUUGAGAAUGAAACAGAGUGUGUCUUACCACAGUCUUCUGAGUUUCCUGCCGGCUUUUUCACAGUGCAGGAGAGAAAGGAUGGAGGGCUCAUCAUUUAUUUUAUGCUUAUUUUCUACAUGCUUUUGGCUGUAGCAAUAGUCUGCGAUGAUUACUUUUUGCCAUCCUUAGAAGUGAUCAGUGAGCGUCUGGGAUUGUCUCAGGAUGUAGCAGGAGCAACAUUUAUGGCAGCUGGGAGUUCUGCACCUGAGCUGGUGACAGCCUUUCUGGGUGUGUUUGUGACAAAGGGAGACAUUGGGGUCAGCACCAUUGUGGGAUCAGCGGUUUACAACCUCUUAGGAAUCUGCGCUGCAUGUGGAAUCUUGGCCCCUAUGGCAGGACGUCUCACCUGUUGGCCUCUGUUCAGGGACUGCCUGGCAUAUGGCAUUAGUGUUACAGCUGUUAUUGCCAUAAUAUCGGAUAGCAAGGUGUACUGGUAUGAUGCUGCCAGUCUGUUGCUGGUCUAUGGUGUCUACAUUGUGGUUCUGUGCUUUGACAUUCGCAUCAGUGAGUUUGUCCUGAGGAAGCUGAGUCCCUGCUGCACCUGUCUGGGUAAAAGGCCCGGUGAGAAGGCGGAGACGCAGCCACUGAUGGGCUGGAAUGACGAAACAAGUCUGCGAGUCCACAGUCGCUCCAGAACAGACAGCGGGAUCUUCCAAGAUGACUCUGGAUACUCUCAGCUCUCUCUCAGCCUGCAUGGUCUCAAUGAGAUUCCUGAAGAGCAUAAAAGUGUGUUUUCCGUGCCGGAGAGCGACUUUAAAAGGAUCCUCUGGGUUUUAUCUCUACCCAUCAUCGUUCUGCUUUUCCUGACCAUCCCCGACUGCAGGAGAAGGUUCUGGAAGAAGUGGUUCGUGGUAACCUUCUUCAUGUCAGCUGUCUGGAUCUCAGGUUUUACAUACCUGCUGGUGUGGAUGGUCACUGUUGUUGGUGAAACACUUAGCAUCCCUGAUACAGUGAUGGGACUCACUCUGAUGGCUGCUGGAACCAGUAUACCUGACACCGUAGCCAGUGUGAUGGUGGCCAGAGAAGGGAAAGCUGACAUGGCGAUGUCCAACAUCGUGGGUUCAAAUGUAUUCGACAUGCUCUGUCUUGGACUGCCUUGGUUCAUCAAGACUGCAUUUGUGGACACCAACAACCCUGUUGAGGUCAACAGCACCGGACUGUUAUUCAUUUCCGCCACACUCCUCCUUUCGAUUGUCUUCCUUUUUGUUGCUGUUCAUGUGAACGGAUGGAAAUUGGACUGGAAGUUGGGAAUUGUUUCCCUCUUCUGCUACAUCCUCUUUGCCACCAUGUCCAUCCUCUAUGAGCUGGGGAUUAUUGGGAAUAAUCCCAUAAGACUGUGCAGUGACUGAGAUCUGACCUUCCCAGGACCAAAGCCAUAUUGAGACUCUUAACAGUCCAAAAAGAACAAGAAAAAUGUUAAGCCUGUAAGAUCCUCAAAUGUCAAGACAAGGAAGCGUGAUCCCACUCCAUCACACUUUUGAAGAUAAUGUGCCACAGAAGACGUGCUGGUCACAUCUCAGGAAGAGAAUGAUCUCUAUUAUUACAUAUUUAACAAAAGGUGCCAAAGAUCUUGAUACUCUUGCGUGUGCCUAUCAAGCCUAUGACCUGGACUGUUACAAUACAAUGAAGACUCAUUAUCCAUUAAGUUCUGGCAUGUCUUACUAAAGGCACAUAAACAGAGAAUCUGUUGUCACAAAGGUGAACAACAGACCAGAGAAGUAAUAAAA